AUGGCUGGCAUUGUUAUUUUGAUUUUACUUAUUAGUGAACUAUUUAUAUUUUCCGUACAAGAAAAGUGGACCACAAAUGGAAAGAGAAUACAGUAUUUCAGCACAGAACGACCUGGUAUAAUAUUCUUCGACAGUGAGUACGUACGCUACGUAAAUAUCACAUCGCAACGCUACAGCCGCAAGGAUCCAUUUUACUAUGUCAAUAUACACCUUGAUACUAUCGUACCUAUUGGAAAUAAUUUUAUGUUGCACUUCUAUUUUUACGAGUUCCUCACCAACCAAUACAAACGUGGCUUCAUUGAGAUGCACAAGCCAUUUUGUGACCUAAUACACAAGGAUACGUUCUUCGGAGCAGCAAUGAAAAAAUAUUUUCCGCCAAGCUGCCCUGUACCCAAGGGGUCCUACCACAUGUACAAUAUGACGAUCCCUAUAGAACAAGUGCCGAAGGGUUUUCCAUUCACUAAGGGGCGAAUCUACUGUAACGUUACAGAGAACGGUACGAAUAAGAUUGUAUUGUCCGGAUAUAUUGACAUGGAAUUGAAAUACGCAAGAAUAUAA